UCAAGUCCUUGGAAGGUAAGCGAGUGGAAAGAGGGUGGCUUUCCAGCGCGGGGCAGAGGGGUGGACCCGGGGCCUUGCGCGCGGGGCAGGGCGAGCUCCGCCCCUGCCGCCACCGCAGGAGCCGGCCUGGGCUCUCCGCGCCCCUCGCUCCGGCUCCCUGAUUAGGAAUUUGGGGGCGGGCCCUGGCCUGGCACUGCAGCGCACACUCUCAGUAGGCGCUUGCUGCCGCUCGCGCUCCUCUCCCCCACGUUCUUCAGCCCAAGCAGGCCAGACGCAGGGACGUGGGCACUUUUCCUGGGCUCAGCUCGAGACACACAGGAUGCAGUGGGCGUUGCUGCUCCUGCUGGUGGGGCUCUGCUCCCUGUCACAGGCCCAGUAUGAUGAUGACGACUCUCACUGGUGGUUCCACUACCUCCGCAACCAGCAGCGGAACACCUACUACGACCCCUAUGACCCUUACCCGUACGAGCCCUACGAGCCCUACCCCUAUGGGGUGGAGGAGGGCCCUGCCUAUGCCUACGGCGGCUCCCCAUCCCCCCCUGAGCCCCGCGACUGCCCCCAGGAGUGUGACUGCCCCCCCAACUUCCCCACCGCCAUGUACUGUGACAACCGCAACCUCAAAUACCUACCCUUCGUGCCAUCCCGCAUGAAGUACGUCUACUUCCAGAACAACCAGAUCACUGCCAUCCAGGAGGGCGUCUUCGACAACGCCACAGGGCUGCUGUGGAUCGCGCUCCACGGCAACCAAAUCACCAGCGACAAGGUGGGCCGCAGGGUCUUCUCCAAGCUGAGGCACCUGGAACGGCUGUACCUGGACCACAACAACCUGACCCGCGUGCCGGGCCCACUGCCCAGGUCCCUGCGGGAGCUCCACCUGAACCACAACCAGAUCACACGCGUGCCCAACAGUGCCCUGGAAGGGCUCGAGAACCUCACCGCGCUCUACCUGCAGCACAAUGACAUCCAGGAGGUGGGCAGCUCCAUGCGGGGCCUCCGCUCGCUCAUCCUGCUCGACCUAAGCUACAACCACCUCCGCCGGGUGCCCGAUGGGCUGCCCUCGGCCCUCGAGCAGCUCUACCUGGAGCACAACAAUGUCUACACCAUGCCCGACAGCUACUUCCGGGGCUCGCCCAAGCUGCUCUACGUGAGGCUGUCCCACAACAGCCUCACCAAUGGUGGCUUGGCCUCCAACACCUUCAACUCCAGCAGCCUGCUGGAGCUCGACCUGUCCUACAAUCAGCUGCAGAAGAUCCCCCCGGUCAGCACCAACCUGGAGAACCUCUACCUGCAAGGCAACAGAAUCAACGAGUUCUCCAUCAGCAGCUUCUGCACCGUGGUGGAUGUCAUGAACUUCUCCAAGCUGCAGGUGCUGCGCCUGGAUGGCAACGAAAUCAAUCGCAGUGCCAUGCCGGCCGACGCACCCCUCUGCCUGCGCCUGGCCAGCCUCAUCGAGAUCUGAGCAGUCCCUGGUCCAGGGCGCCGGGUGGAGCCCCUCCCUUGCUGUCCCCACUGCAUUUUGGCUUGAUGGCUUGGUUUGGCUUUUGCUGGGAGGGCUGGGAUGCAACCUGCGAUGGACCACGGUCCUCAGCUCCCCCUCUUGUCUCCUCCCUGAUCUGGGGUCAGGCCUUCUGCAGAGGACGUGGGCAGGAGGCAGCAGAAGUGCCAGCCCUGUAGGAGCCUCCACAUCACUCCAAGGAGCUGAUGCUGUGGAGCAUCACAAUUGCUGCCAUGACUCCCUGCUGCCUCCCAUCCAGGCACCCAGCCCCUGCUCCUCCCAGGAUACCACUGUCCACUCCCACCUUCCCUGCACCCCAGCCUUCCUGCACCACCCCCAAGACCUACCCAGCCACCUGUGGAGGGAAGCCACCCCUUUGGUCUGAGCUCCAUAACGGUAGUGAGAGUCACAUGUUGACAGCCUCCAGCCGUAAAUCAGCAGCAUCAAGCAGCGUCCACCAGGGCCCAAUGCCAAAUGAGACGGCCAGCCCCGGGCUUGGAUAAGUGGGUAGGGGUGCAUGCCAGCAGCCAGGCAGCUUGGGGGAAGGGCGGCUUCCCGAGGGAAGGGGAUGGCCCAAGCCCAUCAGGGCAGACACCCCGAGAAGCAGCCCCUACAAGCAGGCUCAUUCUUGUCUGGCACUCCCUUCUCUCCCCACGGCACCUGCCGGGGAUUGGCCAUCAAGGGUGGGGGCCACACAAUCUCCAAAGCAUGCAAAGGCCUGAUGGGGGAGACGGGCUCUGCCAGCCACCCUGCCUGCUGGCCACAGGGGAUCUCCAGGAACCGAUGGUUCCAAGACCUGAGUGGAAGUCGCAGCCCCAACUGCAGAUGCUGCCCGGGAUCCAGAAAGGCCGGGCCAGGCAGCCGCACCUGCCUGCGCUGGUCAUGAGCUCUCUGCUUUUUCAUCUCUGAGCCACACUCUCCCCACAGAAAGUACCUGUUGCUGUAUAGCUUGGCUGGGGGUGCUGUGACUUGCUUCCCAUUUCUUAAUCAUAACGUGGCCUGGGGCUUAAUCCACCUGCUCUUUGGAGGUACCAUUGGGGUGCAGCCAGCUGAGAUCUGCGGCCAUGGACCGGCUGAGCUUAGGCCCUGCCCACACACCACUGUUCAUCCCUGAUGCUGGCCAUGCCUGGGGGAGGGGAGAGGAGGGAGGCCUUGGACUACGUUCUCAGCUCCAGAUCCCAAAACUAACAAAGCCAAACCAGCUUGUUUCAACACAGGGGCUCAGUGCGAGGGGGCAGAACUGCCCCUGCCCAGGGUCCUCAGGGAUCAUUUGCAUGUGAACGCCCUGUGCCUGUACAGAGGAGCCUGGCCACAGGAGAAGCUUGUGCGGUGGCUGACCCGACCAAUAAAGUUACUUUACCGCUGCACCUA